AUGUUACCACCAAAAGGUUUGACAAUUACAAAUGAAAUGGCACAUUCAUUAUGUGAUUUAUAUGAAGAUCUUGAAAAAUUUCCACGUAUAACAGAUAUAUAUACUCGAUCAUCAAGCAAUUUUUGGAUUGUUGGUAAAAGAAUUGAUACACGAAUUUUGUAUGUUGUGGUGCCUAAAAAAGAAUCAUCACUUACAGAAGUUGAAGAUAAUUUUGAUUAA